GGAGGUCCCGUAUGUUGUGACUGAAAGUGCAAGUUUUUGAGUUGGUCGUCUUCCGCUGGUCAUUAAAAAUCGGUCAAAGAUUUGAAAAAAGAAGUAACAUCCCUCAAAAUUCCUAUUUUAAGCCUAUGGCGUAUCUAGCCAUUCCAUUUUUUGAGCUUUUGUCUAAGUUUUUAGGUGAGGACGUACGCAAAUGAAGCCAAGUUAACCUUGAAGCGCGAAGUUUGCUUGAAUAAAGGUUAAGAGAGUCGGUGAAGAUUGAUGAGAAGUCAUCGUAUCAUGGGGCAGUCACCGAGUCGCCGGGCAAGUUCUUCUUCAACUAGAGACGAAGCAACAGAGAAUAAUGGGGAGUGUAGUCUACAUUCACCUACGCUAUCAGAGCCCAGUAUGGAUUCCUCUCUAGAACAAGCUUGUAGCUCACACUCUAAAGAUAUUGUUUCUCCUUAUAUAAAAUGGCUGGGUAUGGAAGCAAAGCAACAACAGAAGCACAUCCAACAUGCAAAAAACUGUAUCUUGUCUCCUUUCCUAUUUAAAAGGAAAAAUGAAUAUAGUGAAAAGAUUUUAGUUUGGCUUCAUCAGAGGGACCUGUUGCCAAACUCAAGGAGUUUUGACUGCUUAACUGACAAACACAUUGAGGUGUGUGACUAUGCUGAGGAGGUUGCAGAUUUAAUUCUUUCGGAAAUGACCCGACAAGAGUUUCUAUAUGAUGUUUUCCAAGUAUCAGAACAACUGAAAGAGUGUAACCUUCUAACUGAAGUCCUGUGCAUUGCAGAAGACAGUGAACUUGUUAAACUAUUAUGGUGUAGUUCUACAUGGAGCGACAAACUACGUAAAGAAGAUCUUCUGCUGGUUUUGAUGUCUGUUUUGAAUCAAGCCUUAUAUCACAUCACCAUGGCGAGCGACAAGUCAUGUGAUCACUUGGCUAACUUUGAAAAGAAAACUGAAAGACAUGACGAGAUCUGUGAGGGUUUACGAUUGAGGGGAAACCAGUACUUCAAGGAUAAACAAUUCAAACAGGCCUCUGUAUUCUACACAAAAGCCAUCAAUCUUAAACCCUUCGAUGCUGUUCUUUACAGCAACAGAGCUCAGACCUACUUAAACACCACACAGUUUAGAGAGGCAUUAUCAGAUGCUAGACGAGCUAUAUGUCUGAAUCCAACAUGGGAAAAGGGUCACUAUAGGUAUGCAAGGGCAUACUAUGAGCUUGGAUAUUAUGAGAAGGCAGUGGCAGUAAAUGAACAUGCACUCAAAAGGUGCUCAGAGACAAGGGAGUUGCUGCACCAAGCAGACGAGUUUGCUAAAGCCAUUGCUGGUGCCACAGCAGUCAUGUGCUCCUCUUCUCAUCAGUCUUCGCAAGACAGACACACCAGCCAAUCUACUUCAUCUAAAUACAAGACCAAGAAAGCUAAACUUGGGGGUAGAAGUUCCUCAUCUAACUCCAAGCGUAAAAGGCUUGACAGUCUGGGGAAACAUAGACAACUACCACAUCUGAGUGAUGAGGACAGUGAUGAUGAUAUGCCAGAGCUUCUCCCUGACUCUGUUGGGGACAAUCCAAGACAUGACCUGCUGCCUGACGAAGAUGAUGGCAUUGAGUGUACUUGUGAAUACUGCACAGACCAGGCAGAGUUUGACUCUUUUCCUUCAUUUGUCAAUGGACCAUCACUGUGUGACUGUGUUGGAAAUGAUUGUGAUGAUGAUGAUGAUGAUUCAUCUGAAUCAUCUGAUUUACCACUGCUUCAUUCAGAUUUUGAAGAUGAUGACAACAAUGACAGCGAUGUUGACGAUCAUGACAAUGAAGAAGAUGAUCAUGACGAGUUACCAUUCAUGGGACCAUUUGGCAGAGUGCCUCACCCGACUGAGCUGUUUAUCGGCGGAGCGUUAGUGCUGGAUCUUAUUCGUCAGUUCCUGGAAGCACACCCUGAGAUGGAGGGGGAUGACACUCCUCCUGGUGCCCUGCCAGAGGUUAUAGAAUCCCUCCCAAGGAUCAAGAUCACUACGCAGCACACAGACAAUGGGUCGUCUUGCCCUAUAUGUCAGUGUGAUUUUGAAGUUGGCGAAGAAGCUGCACGUCUACCGUGUAAUCACACCUACCAUCUGCCCUGCGUCACUACCUGGCUGAAAAUGCAUGCCACGUGUCCAACAUGUCGUGACGUUUUGCCACACUAGACGAACUUAUACCUGCACGAAUCAAGCCAGAGGAACUCUGAAUCGUAACCAAAUGGGGAUGAGACACGCUUGCUAGGCUUGCGUCCUGCUGGGAGUUGUUCAGUUUCUACAGCAAGUUCAAAGUACCAGUAGGCAUGCAGUCCUUACCGGCUACUCCUCCCAUUACAUGGUGCUAGCCGCUAGUCUCGCGCUUUGCGCUUUGUUCUGUCUUACACAAGAACCACGUUAUCGUUCACUGUUUUGUUGCACAGCUCUGCUUAUUUCGGCUGUUAGCUUCAGAGAAUGUGCCAGAUUUCUGAAACAUUGCUGGAAGUGACACGGGAGCAAAAAUGUGGGUCGCGUUUGUUGCGCUUUUUCAAGUUCGUGAGC